AUGUAUUGCUGCUUUCAGGUUUGGCUUGUUUGGGUUUUCCUACCAGAAGAGUUGUUGCAUAGCUGGGGAAUAACUUACUACCCGGACAAGUGGUGGGCUGUGGCAGUGCCCAUCUAUGUGAUUCCUUUGGCCCUCUUUGUCUUUUGCAGCUACAAUGCAUUGAACAUGAUGGCAACAUGCCCCUUAGACUCUGUGUAUAUGUUUCGUGAUCCCUCGACGCCAGUCGUCAAGCAGCUUUUCUCAGAGAAUGGCGACCUUCCAGACUUGCAGGACGUUGCCGUCGCCACCAUGAAUCAGCACAUGUUCCUGUCCGAAUUCCAGGAAUCGGAAUCCGAGGACACUUGGAUCGCAGUGAUUUGUGCUACUUUAAGCACGGCUCCUCUGCCAAGAUCCAGAAUGGUGGGCGAUCGCUCAGAAUCUGAUUCAACGGAUUCAACGAAGUCUUCAAUGCGAAGCAAAACCGAAGCAGAGGCCAUCGCUCCACAGCUGGCGCAGUGGCGACCCUGGUUGAGCGCCCGAGGCUCCUGUUGCUAUUCGCUGAGCCUGGAUUUGGUGGAGUCCUUUGCGCUCGAGCAGGCUCGAUUGGCCUUGCGAGGAGACAAGGAGAAGAAGAGUGGCCGCAAAGCGAGUGGCAAGGUGACUUGUUUGGAAUGCCUUUCCACAGCUGGGAGUUUUAUCCUGGCUGGUAGUGAAUGUGGUUGCGAGCUGUGGCAGCUGACAAAGAGCCGAGAACGACGAAUCAACACUUCCAAGUUGCGUGGUCUUGAGUAUCACUUGCAGCUAAAUCUGGUGAAGCAGAUCACCACCGAGCCGGUGUACCGGAUUGUGUGCAGUGCGGAACAGAGGGUCAUAGUUGCGGGGUACAAGACGCUGGUAGUGCUGGACAAUGAGUUGACCCUGGUGGCAUCCUGCAACAUGCCCUUCGUCUGUAGUGCACAUCUACACAUGCUGUCAUCCAGUCAAGCCGAGAUGAUGACAGGUGCUGCUAGUGGCGCUGUCCAUUUGUGGAGCAUACAGGCUUUUGACGCACCUGUUGGCAGCGCUGUUUCAGAUGGUCUUUGUACAAGGUUAGAGCACACCUUUUAUGGUCACACACGGCCUGUUGAAAUGGUUUGUUUCUACAACCGUCCAGAGAAAGCAGUCGCACAGAGAUUUGCAGUCUCAUGCGGUUUGGACCUGCGGGUGCAGGUUUGGAGCCUCGAUAGUUUUGUCCGCAUCUACACGCUGGAUAUCAAUCUCACAGAUUCCAAGGCGCAUGUUUUUCCCAUUUCUCUGCACCUCUUCGCUGUUAGCUACACUGUUGGUGGUAGCACUGGGGAUUCCCAGAAAGGUGCCAGCGUGGCUUUGAUACGCUUCAAUGUGUUGCUCUCGGCUGACACUGUUCGAGAAUGUGUUUCACUCCAUAGGGGACUUUUGUGGAGCCGGAUGGAUAUGAUGAGGAGGUUGCAGGCAAACUUCUCGAUGCAGAAAAUAAAUCCCCAACCUGUUUUCGUGCCAUCGAUAUUCCAGGUCCAGAGACCUCAAGGGACGCGCUGCCGCGCUGAGAACGACGCCGACCUUAGAUUCACAGAGGGUUUCUUUCCCUACACCUAUGAAAACUUCCAGAGGACACCCGAGGAGGUUUGGUCGAAGUGGGAAGCAGCUGUGCCUGACGAAGAGACAAAGUUGCUCUUGGCAGAGCUGGACCUCCCUGAGGCAUUACGCUGGGCGUUGCUUGCGGAGUCUUUGCGCUGGGCAGCCCGUGGCCAUGAUUUCCUGCGGACAUUUGCAGCCCAGGUGCAUGGAGUGGACUUGCCUAAGGAGCCAAGUGCCAAGUUCUUCCAAGUUUCAUCGGUUUCCGCAAUUUCAAGUGCUUCGGGCCUCAUCCGUCUGGCGGUGACCGCGCUUGCAGAGAUGCUCGCAAGAAGCCGCCAGUCCGUGGAGAAGAGUGAGCUGUGUGCUUUGCUCUGGUUCCUGGAGUUCACCUUGAGCGAACAGGCUAGAGAUGAGCAGCAAAUCUUGGGAAUGCACUCGUCGCUCAACGAGGUCUUGCAAAAAGAGACACCUGGAGGCUGGAUAGACUGGAGCCUGGUGACAGAGGGAGUGACCUACCAGUUUGUGUGGGAGAUGACCGUGAUUCAUGACUGCUGCACAGCAUUAGAGCUUGAGUGCCCAUGGCCGAAAGAGCUCGACGGGCAUUUGGACCUGAUGCUCUUUGCAGCUCAGCUGAACAGAUUUAGAUUUCAAAAUAUUUUAAACAGACCAAUGUAUCCUGAUGUAUCCUCUGAGCAUCGGCUGUUGAAAGAUGUGUCAGAUGUGCUUUCGCGGAUCUUUCAAGGUGAAUUUGGUGCAGGUGCUGGACUCAGCCGCUUCAACGGUGUAGGAUCCGGUAAAGCUGGCAGAGAGGGGAUCCGAGAUGAUUUGGUUUGGCCCACGGUUUGGACUGCGGUUUGGCUUGGACCAAGGCCUUCGAGAAAGAGAAGAGCAAGUGGAUGCUUGGCACCACUUGACCCGUUCCAACUUUCGACCAAUGGCUUUCUGGCUCUGAACAGUGUCGGUAACAAGAUCAUGCCAAGCAUAGGUCGUGCAACAAGAGGCAAGACAAAUACAAUAUCUGCGUAA